AUGAUGACUGCUGAUCAUGAUGACCGCGUUGUUCCAAGUCAUACGUUGAAGUAUGCGGCUACCUUGUAUGAGAAGGCCAAAAAACACAAGCUCCAGACCAACCCACUUCUAGUACGUGUCGAGAAGAAAGCUGGUCAUGGUGGAGGGGGGAUGUCUUUUGUCAAACAGAUAGCUGGACGUGUCGAUAUAUACAGUUUCCUGCAGAGAGUCCUGAACAUUGAAUGGGUAGACUGA